UCGUGUGUGGGAAGUGCUGUGUGACUGGAAUCCAGCGGCGGCCGUCAGGAGCCGCAUCGAAGGGGAGGUUGGAGGCGGCGGCGACCCGGCGGGGCAGUGUCUGGGCGGCGAGCGUGUGUCCGCAGCCCCUCGAGCUCCGCCGGACCGCCCCAUGCCGCCCACCGGCUCAGAACCCGCCAGAAUGAACAGGAAGAAAGGAGACAAGGGCUUCGAAAGCCCACGGCCUUAUAAAUUAACCCAUCAGGUCGUCUGCAUCAACAACAUAAACUUCCAGAGAAAAUCUGUCGUGGGAUAUGUGGAACUGACUAUAUUUCCUACCGUUGCGAACUUGAAUAGAAUCAAGUUGAACAGUAAACAGUGUAGAAUAUACCGAGUAAGGGUCAACGAUUUGGAAGCUGCUUUUAUUUAUAAUGAUCCAACCUUGGAAGUUUGCCACAAUGAAUCAAAACAGAGGAAUCUCAAUUAUUUUUCCAAUGCUUAUGCAGCUGCAGUAAGUGCCGUGGAUCCUGACGCAGGAAAUGGAGAACUGUGUAUUAAGGUUCCUUCCGAGCUGUGGAAACAUGUUGACGAGUUAAAGGUCCUGAAGAUACACAUAAAUUUUUCUUUGGAUCAACCCAAAGGCGGUCUUCAUUUUGUGGUCCCCAGCGUAGAGGGAAGUAUGGCGGAGAGAGGUGCUCACGUGUUCUCUUGUGGCUAUCAGAAUUCCACAAGAUUUUGGUUCCCAUGUGUUGAUUCGUACUCUGAGUUGUGUACAUGGAAGUUAGAGUUCACAGUUGAUGCUGCCAUGGUGGCUGUUUCCAAUGGGGAUUUGGUGGAGACAGUGUAUACCCAUGACAUGAGGAAGAAGACCUUCCAUUACCUGCUUGCCAUUCCCACAGCAGCGUCAAACAUCGCCUUGGCCAUUGGACCUUUUGAAAUCCUUGUAGAUCCGUAUAUGCACGAGGUUACUCAUUUUUGUUUACCACAACUUCUCCCGUUGCUUAAACAUACAACAUCAUAUCUUCAUGAAGUCUUUGAAUUUUAUGAAGAAAUUCUUACAUGUCGAUAUCCGUAUUCCUGUUUUAAGACUGUGUUCAUUGAUGAGGCCUAUGUCGAAGUGGCUGCUUAUGCUUCCAUGAGCAUUUUCAGUACAAAUCUUCUGCACAGUGCCAUGAUUAUAGAUGAAACACCUUUGACUCGAAGGUGUUUAGCUCAAUCCUUGGCCCAGCAGUUUUUCGGAUGUUUCAUAUCCAGAAUGUCUUGGUCUGACGAAUGGGUGUUGAAGGGAAUUUCAGGAUAUAUUUAUGGACUUUGGAUGAAAAAAACUUUUGGUGUUAAUGAGUACCGCCAUUGGAUUAAAGAGGAACUAGACAAGAUAGUAGCGUAUGAACUGAAAACUGGUGGAGUUUUACUACAUCCCAUAUUUGGUGGUGGAAAAGAAAAGGAUAAUCCAGCGUCCCAUCUACACUUUUCUAUCAAGCAUCCACACACGCUUUCCUGGGAAUACUACACUAUGUUUCAGUGUAAAGCACAUCUUGUGAUGCGAUUGAUUGAAAAUAGAAUCAGUAUGGAAUUCAUGUUACAAGUUUUUAAUAAGCUGCUGAGUCUGGCCAGUACUGCUUCAUCUCAGAAGUUCCAGUCACAUAUGUGGAGUCAGAUGUUGGUCUCGACGUCUGGGUUUUUGAAAUCCAUUUCCAAUGUCUCUGGCAAAGACAUCCAGCCUUUAAUAAAGCAGUGGGUAGACCAGAGUGGAGUGGUAAAAUUUUACGGAAGUUUUGCUUUUAAUAGAAAACGAAAUGUCUUAGAGUUGGAAAUAAAACAAGAUUACACAUCUCCUGGAACUCAGAAAUACGUUGGACCACUGAAAGUGACAGUGCAGGAGUUAGAUGGAUCUUUCAAUCAUACAUUGCAAAUUGAAGAAAAUAGCCUUAAACAUGAUAUACCCUGCCAUUCCAAAAGCAGAAGGAAUAAGAAGAAGAAAAUUCCACUGAUGAAUGGAGAAGAAGUGGACAUGGAUCUCUCUGCUAUGGAUGCCGAUUCCCCUUUGCUGUGGAUCAGGAUAGAUCCUGAUAUGUCGGUGUUGAGGAAGGUGGAGUUUGAGCAGGCUGAUUUUAUGUGGCAGUAUCAGCUCCGCUAUGAGAGGGAUGUGGUUGCUCAGCAGGAGUCUAUACUGGCCCUGGAGAAGUUCCCAACUCCAGCUUCUCGGCUUGCACUCACUGACAUAUUAGAACAAGAGCAGUGUUUCUAUCGAGUGAGAAUGUCAGCUUGCUUCUGCCUUGCAAAGAUUGCAAAUUCAAUGGUGAGCACGUGGACCGGACCACCAGCCAUGAAGUCACUGUUCACUAGAAUGUUUUGUUGCAAAACUUGUCCAAACAUUGUGAAAACAAAUAACUUUAUAAGCUUUCAAAGUUACUUUCUACAGAAGACUAUGCCAGUUGCAAUGGCCUUAUUAAGAGAUGUUCAUAACCUUUGUCCCAAAGAAGUCUUAACAUUUAUUUUAGACUUGAUCAAGUACAAUGACAACAGAAAAAACAAGUUUUCAGAUAACUAUUACCGUGCAGAAAUGAUUGAUGCCCUGGCCAACUCUGUUACUCCUGCAGUCAGUGUGAAUAAUGAAGUUAGAACUUUGGAUAACCUGCAUCCUGAUGUGCGACUCAUUCUUGAAGAAAUCACCAGGUUUUUGAAUAUGGAAAAGCUUCUUCCAAGUUACAGACAUACCAUCACUGUCAGUUGUCUGAGAGCGAUUCGGGUGCUUCAGAAGAACGGACACGUGCCAAGUGAUCCGGCUCUCUUUAAAUCUUACGCUGAAUACGGCCACUUUGUGGAUAUCCGGAUAGCUGCGUUAGAAGCGGUUGUGGAUUAUACUAAAGUGGACCGGAGUUAUGAAGAACUGCAGUGGCUACUUAAUAUGAUUCAGACUGAUCCUGUACCCUAUGUAAGACACAAGAUUCUAAACAUGCUGACGAAGAACCCUCCCUUUACGAAGAACACAGAAUCUCCCUUAUGCAAUGAAGCCCUGGUGGAUCAACUUUGGAAACUCAUGAAUUCUGGCACGUCACAUGACUGGAGGCUGCGAUGUGGUGCUGUGGACCUGUACUUCACACUGUUUGGCCUUAGUAGACCUUCCUGUCUACCCUUGCCAGAGCUUGGACUGGUUCUCAAUCUAAAAGAGAAAAAAGCUGUCCUGAAUCCUACCAUUAUUCCAGAGGCCAUAGCCGGCAACCAAGAAGCUGCAAGUAAUCCGAACAGUCACACGCAGCUAGUGGGAUUUCAGAAUCCUUUUUCAAAUUCUCAAGAAGAGGAGGAGGUUGACAUGGAUACUGUUCAUGACAGCCAGGCCUUCAUUUCCCAUCACUUGAACAUGCUGGAAAGGCCGUCGACGCCAGGGCUCUCUAAAUAUCGGCCAGCUAGCUCUCGAUCUUUAAUAUCCCAGCAUUCAUCAAGCUGUGAUGGCACACCUUCCUUAAAACCCCAGUGGAAUAUGGAACUUACACGCAAGGGGACAGGUAAAGAGCAGUCACCUCUGGAGAUGACGAUGCAUCCGGCGUCAACAGCUCCACUCUCAGUGUUUACGAAGGAACCUCCGUCCUCCAAACACGGUGACCACCAUCACCACCAUCACCAUGAGCACAAGAAGAAGAAGAAGAAGCACAAACACAAGCACAAGCACAAGCAUAAGCAUGACAGCAAGGACAAGGACAAGGAGCCCUUCACUUUCUCCAGCCCUGCCAGCGGCAGGUCUGUGCGUUCUCCUUCUCUUUCAGACUGAAAAAGGGACAUAGCCCUUUCCCAACAUGUCCAAAAGAAUCUAGGUAACUAAAACUUCGAGCCCUGCAAAGAAGGAUAAAAGAAAGGCAAAAUAGAUUCUCCUCUCUCAUGGAAAUUCAGAAUCCGUUUAAGUUUUACACAUUUACUUUACAUUGUUUAUACUCACGUAAUUGAGAUCUAAUUAGGCAAAUAUAUUUUGUAAUCCCAGAUUAAGUAUUUCACUUUGUUCCCUUCUAGACUUACAUGCACACAUACACACAGAGCAAAACUUCUUUUUCAUAAAAACCAUACAUGCACUGGCAGUUCUCACUCACAUCACGGUCUCCAUGUGUACUGCCAAAGUCAAUUAUGUUCGGAAGCUUUUGAUGGAUGUUAUGGAACAUAGUUAUGUUUUAAGCAGAAGCAAAUGCCGAAUCUGUGGUGUAACCACUAUUUCCAGGGAGUAGUUCUGUAGCACCAUUUGGAGCUACUGAAAAGACAGGGUUUGCAAUAGAAGCUUUCCUUAUUGAAUAGAUGUUAACUGUAGAAAAUAAGACUCAGAAUUUAUGAACAAAGAAAUAUACUAUCUCCUUUUGCUCUAAACUUUGCCUUCAAAAUUUGGAAUUUCUGGAAACUUUUUUUAAAAAAUGAAUAGCACAUUAGGUAUUUCAAAUUCACUAUUGUUCCAAAUCAAGAUGCUUAAAUUUUAAGUUGUUUUAGUCCCCAAUAAGUAUAGAUGCGUGAGUUCAGAGGUAAAUUUUUUUGUUGAGUAGGGACAAUUUAUACACCCAACACAUACCCUUUCUAAAACUUUCCUGUGUAAAAUGCCAAGUCUAAUAGCUUAAAAGAUGAGUUUCCGUAGCAGUUAUCAACUUGGAUGUACACAGUUCAACCAUUAUGUGAGUAUACCAAAAGCAUUUGAAAACACGUAUGAAACAUUUGGCUUCAUGGUUCAUAUGUUUGUGUGUUUUUAUUUAUGAUUUUACCAUAUGUUUUAUUGUUUGUUUAAGAGUGUUUUUCGUAUGUUAAUUCAUCAUUUUUCUUAUCACUAAAAAGUUUAACAGUAUACCUGUUCCCAGAAUAAAUAUUUCAAAAAGGAUCCAGUAAUGUUGGGCUUUUAAGCAUACUUUUAGUUGUGUUUAACUUGUUUAAUAAAUAAUUUUUUAAAUUGA